UGGCCGCGCCGAGGCUUCCGUGCCCCGGCUGCCAGCGCUUCCUCCUCGGCACUCCCGGGCACCGGGGCCGGCAGCCGUGCCCAGCCCCUGCCGGCGCCCGCGGGAGCCGCCCUGGCCCCCUCCCGGAUCCGGGAUCGGGAACUUCCAUCGCUCCCUGCACACUCGGAGCCCAAACUUUCCCUCCGUCGUUCCGGCCGGGCCCUCAGCCCCCUUCCGAGCCCCGAGGAGUGGAAACUGAAAUCCUCGGGAGAACACUAGCCACGGAAGAACCCGCCGUUCCGCAGUCUGGCCUUGAAGUUUAAAUUGUUUAGGCUUUCUUUUUCUUUCUUUUUCCCCUUUCAGUCUUGCUUCCCACUGUCUGCAGGGAUUCGGAGGAUGGUCCUCCCUGUUCUCCUUGGGUUGUUUGGGAACUUUUGCCUGACCAUUAUAAUUAAGCCACUUGGCCUGCUCAUGUAUGGGUUUUUUAUUUUUAAUAUUGGCCUAUUAGAGUUGUAAAAUGUUCUUUAAAAUUUCCAUUUCCAUUUUACCAACUUUAGUUUUUGUUCUUUUAUAGAGACUUCUUUUACUUUCGAAGAAUUAAAUUGGAGUGUUUCUGUUUUCUAAUUGGUUCUGUUUCUGGUUUCUUCAAAAUCAGGCCAGUCUGUUUACACGUUCGCCGGGUAUCAUGAUACAUUAUUUGUGGGAUAUGGAGAUAACUUGAGCUGAGGAUUUUGAUGGACAUUCAGUUUUGUAAAUGGUUUUAUCAGAAGUACUUGGAUUUCCUAGCAGUUAGGAUGGAACAGAUGGGAGUAAGCAGCUGACCCCAGAUAAAGGGAUAUUGUAUAAAACUGACAGAGUGUUGGGUUUUGUCAGUGUGAAGUCUGGAGAAGGAAGAAAAAAAGCAUGACUGGCUUCGGAGACUUUAAGAGUUAAUGUGGUGAGCUGAGAUGAAGAAAGAUGCACAUGGGUUAAGGAAUUUCAUAUGGUUAUAUUGUUGGUGAAUGAAGAGAUCUGAACCCAGCAAAAAGGACUUAAAAUUUAUGCACUGAGCCAUUUUGGUAGUGUGUCAUUAUUGAAGUCGUGAAUGAAUGGCAUGUCUCAUCUUUAAUAUUUUGGUUAAGUGGUGAUUUUAUGCAAUGGCUUCAAGCCACAAUUCUUCUCCAGUGCCUCAAGGAAGCAGCAGUGAUGUUUUCUUUAAAAAAGAGGUAGAUUCAGCAAAACACCUUCGACCUGUGCAGUCACUGCCUGAUGUGUGUCCCAAGGAACCUACGGGUGAUUCAAAUAGUUUAUGUGUUGCCCCAUCUCUAGUUACAGAUCAACGUAGAUGGACUGUAUAUCAUUCCAAAGUAAAUCUCCCAGCAGCAUUAAAUGAUCCUACAUUAGCAAAGAGAGAGUCCGACUUCUUCACAAAAACAUGGGGAUUGGACUUUGUGGACACUGAAGUCACGCCGUCAUUCUACCUCCCACAGAUCAGCAAGGAGCAUUUCAUAGCCUAUCAGCAGGAGAUCUCUCAGAGAGAGAAGAUUCAUGAGAGAUGCAAGAAUAUUUGUCCUCCUAAAGAUACCUUUGACAGGACUCUUUUACAUAUUCAUGAUAAAUCCAGGACAGAUCUGGAGCAAGUACCUAAGAUUUUUAUGAAACCAGAUUUUGCCUUGGAUGAUUCCUUAACUUUUAAUUCAGUUUUACCAUGGUCUCAUUUUAAUACUGCUGGUGGAAGAGGAAAUCGAGAUGCAGCUUCUUCCAAGUUGCUUCAAGAAAAGCUGAGCCAUUAUCUGGAUAUUGUGGAAGUAAACAUUGCUCACCAGAUCUCGCUACGUUCAGAAGCAUUUUUUCAUGCAAUGACCUCUCAACACGAAUUGCAGGACUACCUCAAGAAAACUUCGCAGGCUGUAAAAAUGCUUCGAGACAAAAUUGCACAGAUUGAUAAAGUUAUGUGUGAAGGAUCACUACAGAUUUUAAGACUGGCACUUGCCAGAAAUAAUUGUGUUAAAGUAUACAAUAAACUGAAGCUAAUGGCCACUGUACACCAGACUCAGCCUACAGUGCAGGUGUUACUGUCCACUUCUGAAUUUGUUGGCGCAUUGGACUUAAUAGCAACAACCCAAGAAGUUCUGCAGCAGGAGCUUCAGGGCAUUCACAGCUUCCGGCAUUUGGGAUCACAACUUUGUGAAUUAGAAAAGCUGAUUGAUAAAAUGAUGAUUGCAGAAUUUUCCACUUACUCUCACAGUGACUUAAACCGACCACUGGAAGGUGAAUGUCAGGUUUUAGAAGAGGAAAGAUUAGUAUCUCUUGUAUUUGGGCUUUUGAAACAAAGAAAACUUAAUUUUUUAGAAAUCUAUAGUGAAGAAAUGAUUAUUACGGCAAAGAACAUCAUUAAAGAGCGUGUGAUUAAUAAAGUUUCACAAAUAGAAGAAAUAGACACAGAUGUUGUUGUAAAGCUUGCGGAUCAAAUGAGAAUGUUGAAUUUCCCCCAGUGGAUUGAUCUGUUAAAGGAUAUUUUCUCUAAGUUUACAGUUUUCCUACAGAGAGUUAAGGCAACAUUGAAUAUCAUUCACAGUGUUGUUCUCUCAGUUCUUGACAAAAACCAAAGGACUAGAGAAUUGGAGGAGAUUUCGCAGCAGAGGAGUGCUGCAAAGGACAAUUCCGUGGACACCGAGGUGGCGUACUUGACUCACGAAGGCUUGUUCCUAAGUGAUGCUUUCAGAGAGGGCGAGCUAGCCGCUGCAGAAGUUGAUACUACCUCUCAGAGAAACACUUCUCCAAGCAGCGAGCCCUGCAGCAGUGACUCGGUGUCGGAACCAGAAUGUACUACUGAUUCUUCAUCCAGCAAAGAGCAGACCCCAGCAGCCGCCACUCCAGGAGGUAUAGAUAUUAUAGUCAGUGAAGACAUGAGAUUAACUGACUUGGAGCUAGGAAAAUUAGCAAGUAACAUCCAGGAGCUGUUGUGUAACGCUUCAGAUAUAUGUCAUGACCGAGCUGUCAAAUUUCUCAUGUCAAGAGCAAAGGAUGGUUUCCUUGAAAAGUUAAAUUCCACAGAAUUCAUAGCACUCUCGAGAUUAAUGGAGACGUUCAUUGUGGACACUGAGCAGAUCUGUGGGAGGAAGAGCACGUCACUCCUCGGGGCCCUUCAGAGCCAAGCCAAUAAGUUUGUGAACAGGUUUCAUGAAGAGAGGCGGACCAAACUCAGCCUCCUCUUAGACAAUGAGCGUUGGAAGCAAGCUGAUGUUCCUGCAGAAUUUCAGGAUCUUGUUGAUUCUAUAGCGGAUGGAAAGAUCUCGUUACCUGAAAAGAAGCCAGCGGCUGUAGAAGAAAGGAAGCCAGCUGAGGUCCUUGUUGUUGAGGGACACCAGUAUGCUGUUGUUGGAACUGUCUUGCUGUUAAUAAGAAUCAUCCUUGAAUAUUGCCAGUGUGUGGACAACAUCCCAUCUGUCACUACUGACAUGCUUACUCGUCUGACAGAUUUGUUGAAGUGUGUGCAUUUGUGUGAGGUGAACAUACGAAUAUGCUCACAUGUUCUAACGUCCAUAGAGCUGCUAAUGAUACUGGAGUACUUCAAUUCAAGAAGUUGUCAGUUAGUUCUUGGAGCUGGUGCAUUGCAAGUUGUUGGACUGAAAACAAUUACUACAAAAAAUUUGGCGCUUUCUUCACGGUGUCUGCAGUUAAUCGUGCACUACAUCCCUGUGAUCCGGGCUCACUUUGAAGCUCGCCUACCCCCUAAGCAGUGGAGCAUGUUGAGGCAUUUUGAUCACAUCACCAAGGAUUACCAUGACCAUAUAGCUGAAAUAUCAGCCAAGCUUGUAGCGAUAAUGGAUAGCCUAUUUGAUAAGCUGUUAUCAAAGUAUGAGGUGAAAGCUCCUGUUCCUUCCCCAUGUUUCAGGAAUAUUUGUAAGCAAAUGACAAAAAUGCAUGAAGCUAUAUUUGAUCUUCUCCCCGAAGAGCAAACACAGAUGUUAUUUUUAAGAAUUAAUGCAAGUUACAAACUCCACUUGAAAAAGCAGUUGUCACACUUAAAUGUAAUAAAUGAUGGAGGACCUCAAAAUGGGUUGGUCACAGCAGAUGUAGCUUUUUACACUGGAAAUCUUCAAGCCUUAAAAGGCCUUAAAGAUCUGGAUCUAAAUAUGGCGGAGAUCUGGGAACAGAAGAGGUGAUGACAGAUUGGAAACCCGGGUAGUUUGUCUGACUACAGGAUGUGUUUCUGAAGAAAAUCUGGAUGCCUGGUGUUUUGAGAACUGAACCUGGGACCCAAAGUGAACUGAGGCGGGGGAAGGGAAAAGAAGGAUCAGUGUUGGGACUGGAUUCAGUGGGAUCCACAAGGAAUGCGUCCUUCAGUAAGGAGUAACUGAUCAGGUGUCUAUAACAGUUUUCAUUCUCUCUGGAAACAGACUCAGGUUUCUUUGGACCAAAUCCAAAAGAACACAUAGCUGUAACACAGCUGUAGUUGCCUAGAAUGCUCUGCAUACUUUAUAUUAAAAUGCUCUGCAUUUCUUCCAGUGCAAGGAGAUUCAUAUGGUGGCCCACCUUAUUAAUGAUGGUACAAUUGAAGACAUGAAAUUCUUAGUCAACCUCUGUAGAACGUUUUCUCUAUGAAAGUAAAGCUGUUUGAAAAUUAUUUUUUUACAGAUCUUUAUAAAAAAUAAACCUCUUUUGAUUGCUUGGAUUUAGGAAUUCAGUUUUUGUUUUAGUGACUAAUGUCAAGUUUCAGGUUUUUGUGUGUUGCAUAUUUAACUUUUCCACUACCACUGUUAUGUCACUGGGUAAAGCCGCAAACUGAUAAAUACAUGGAAGACUGAUUAUAAGGAAUAAAGAAUAUUUGCAUUUACUUAUGCAACUACUAAUUUAACUACUUUCCAGAAGUGAUAUACACAAAACUAUGAUUUAAUAGUAGUAUUUAUGAAAGUACCUAUGAAGGGCUUGGGAUUGCAUUCUGUUUUUUUGCUUUUUUUAUUUCUAGGAGAGGCAAGAAUACAUAUUCAUAAUAUGCCUACUUAUGAAUUCUCAUUUUAACAUUUAGAGAACAUGAAAUAUGGCCCUCUUGGAUUCUUAAUUAAUUUUAAGUUACUUUUGAUAUGUAUGUAAGUAAAGACCAGGGAUAAACAGAACUUUUAAAAUACAGGCUGCUGUGUUGGGGCCAGAAAUACAAGGUCGACGAGUAAGCGAUCCGAAGACUUUUAUAAUACCUACCUUCAAAAUCAGAAUUGGCAGCACUAUACAAAUGAAAGUGCCUGUGUCUCACACCAAGAAUCUUGCCUAACUCUGUCAGAGUGCCUAAUCUUAUGGUGAUAAUGUACAAUGAAAUAAUCUUACUUUGUGGAGGGUUUUUUUUUGUUUGUUUUGUUUUCUCAAGAGAAUUUUUUUUUUAUCAUUACAGAGGUAUGUCAUUGGUUCUUAAACUGUCAAAAAUAAAGAUGUAAAAAAUCA